AUGUGGCCCGGCCAGGCCAUGACCCUCAAGGUCAAGAAGGUCAUUCACCACGAGAAGUCUCAGUACCAGGAUGUCCUCAUCUUCGAGUCCACCGACUACGGCAUGGUCCUGGUCCUGGACAACGUCAUCCAGGCCACCGAGCGUGAUGAGUUCUCCUACCAGGAGAUGAUUACCCACCUGGCCAUGAACUCCCACCCCAACCCCAAGAAGGUCCUCGUCAUCGGCGGUGGCGAUGGCGGCGUCCUCCGCGAGGUCGUCAAGCACGAGUGCGUCGAGGAGGCAAUCCUCUGCGACAUUGAUGAGGCCGUCAUCCGUCUCUCCAAGCAGUACCUCCCCAACAUGGCCGUCGGCUUCGACCACCCCAAGUCCAAGACCCACGUCGGCGACGGCUUCAAGUUCCUCGAGGAGUACAAGAACACCUUUGAUGUUAUUAUUACCGACUCCUCCGACCCCGAGGGCCCCGCCGAGUCCCUCUUCCAGAAGCCCUACUUCCAGCUCCUCCACGACGCCCUGAGGGAGGGCGGUGUCAUCACUACCCAAGGUUCCGAGAACCAGUGGCUCCACAUGCCCCUCAUCUCCAAGCUCAAGAAGGACUGCAAGGAGAUCUUCCCCGUCGCCGAGUACGCCUAUACCACCAUCCCCACCUACCCCAGCGGCCAGAUCGGCUUCAUGGUCUGCACCAAGGACGCCGGCCGCAACGUCAAGGAGCCCCUCCGCAAGUGGUCCGCCGAGGAGGAGGAGAAGCUGUGCAAGUACUACAACGCCGACAUCCACAAGGCCGCGUUCGUCCUGCCCAACUUUGCCAAGAAGGCUCUGGAGUAA